GAGUCUUUUUGCGCAGCGGGAAAAUUCCACACCAGGACUCCAUCUUCUAACCUUAAUGUAUUUUCGCCCUAAUAUUUUUCUCUCUAAAAUCUCUCUCUGAGAACCUUUUUCACUACGCCAACGUUCCGGGCCACCGCACCACCGCACGGCGUUGCUCACGGUAAGACAGCCGCGCCUUCUAGCUACAGAUUCUCGACAAAUCGACCAAAGAAGAUUAAUUGGACAAUGGAAAUAGAUAGAGUAGAUGGGCGUACAGCAAACCAGUUGAGACCACUCGCUUGCUCCCGCAACAUCCUCAACCGUGCACAUGGCUCUGCCAGUUGGUCUCAGGGAGACACCAAAGUUCUUGCUGCAGUUUAUGGACCAAAAGCCGGAACAAAGAAGAACGAAAACCCUGAGAAGGCUUGCAUUGAAGUGAUUUGGAAGCCUAAGACAGGGCAAAUUGGAAAACCUGAAAAGGAGUAUGAGAUGAUAGUGAAGAGGACUUUGCAAAGCAUUUGCGUUUUGACUAUCAAUCCAAAUACCACCACAUCUGUUAUUGUUCAGGUUGUCAACGAUGAUGGUUCUGUAUCCUUCAUGGUUAUGCAUCUUUCACAUAAUAUGCUUCUCCCAUGUGCCAUCAAUGCGGCAUGUGCUGCCCUUGUUGAUGCUGGAAUUCCUCUAAAACAUCUUGCUGUUGCAAUAUGUUGUUGUUUAGCAGAUAGUGGAUGCGUUUUACUGGAUCCCACCAAGCUAGAAGAACAGAAAACGAAAGCAUUUGCAUAUUUGGUCUUUCCGAACUUGACUCUCUCUAUCCUCCCGGAAGGAUCAUUAAAGGUGGAAGGGGAGCCAGUGGAACAGGCAAUUAUCACAUCUGUUACCCAGGGUGCAAUGUCAGUGGAUGAUUAUCUUCGAUGUCUUGAACGAGGACGUGCUGCGAGUGCUAAGAUGUCUGCUUUCCUCAGGAGGAGCUUGCCACUGCAAAACCCUAGUGACUCAUCUAAAGCUGGGUGAUUUCAAAAGUUAUUGGGAGUAAUUUACAGACAAUCUCAAUGGAAGUUUAACUGGUGCUGGUUUUUAAGCCAAUCCUUUCUAAAUGGUGGCAGUUGUACCUGAUGAAAGAAGUCCUAUGUGAAAGAUAUUCAUGGCUGCUACUAUAACCCCACCGCAUGUUGUAGUCUGGUAUUGGUAGGUGUUUUCAAUCUCACAAGUAUGGUCUUCCGGACGAAAUUGUGUUUGGAGAUUCAAUUUAUAUGAAGAAUCAUGUUCCUCUUCUUCUUAGUCACAUGUGUUUGUAUUUUUGAUUGGUGGAUAUACUUAUAAAAUAUAGAAGAUUGAAAAAAAUUAUAAAGGGAACUUCAGUACUUAUUCCUGAAGUAUUAGUGUUUUUGUAA